AUGGAUGAAUACCCACUUGAAAUUCACAAGGUUUGCAUGACCCAGACAAAUCUUGGUGUAGACCCAGACAAAUUAUGCAACAUCUAUCAAGAUGGCAUACGAGGAAUAAGAAUGAAUUACUAUCCACCUUGCCAGCAAGCAGACAAAGUUAUUGGCCUGACUCCGCACUCUGAUGCAACAACACUGACCUUAUUAGUUCAGGUCAAUGAUGUUCAAGGCCUGCAAAUCAAGAAAAACAAUACAUGGGUGCCUAUUAGACCCAUUCCUGGAGCAAUCAUCAUCAAUAUCGGUGAUAUUAUGGAGAUAAUGAGCAAUGGGGAAUAUAGCAGCAUUGAGCGUAGAGCUGUCGUGGAUUUCCACAAAGAAAAAUUUUCAAUUGCUGCAUUUCACGGAAAAAAUUUCACAGCAAAAGUUGGUCCUCUAGCAGAUCUUGCCAAGGAAAUUGAAGCACAAUACAAGACAAUAGAAACUGAGGGCCUUCUCAGACUGAAUCUAAGCGCCAAACUUGAUGGCAAAAGCUUACUGGAUCACAUAAGGAUAAACAAGUGA